GCACGAAAGACAUCUCUUAAAUCCGGCUCUCAUUCUUUUUCAACAGUGACUGUGGCAAUAGGCAUUCCAAACUUGCCUUCUGUCGACAACUGUCCGUCGUCUGAACAUUCGAGGUUGUUCUCGUCCCCAAUCAUCGAUUUUACGUUCGACUGAAUGCAUCCGCAUCCCAUGGUGCACGCUUCAUACCCUAACAUAAUCUCCUCACCUCAUAAGAAUUAAUCACAACCAUGGCACCCAAGAAGAAGGGAGGCAAAAAGCAGGCGGACGAUUGGGAUGCCGACAUGGGCGAGACCAUCGAUCCUAUUGCCCAAGCCACCGCGGAUGCCAAACAGGUCGAAGCUGAUCAGGAUGCGGCCGAGGAGGAAGUCAAUGCCGGCGGCUUGAUGGCUGCGCUCAGAAAAAACAGGGAUAAGCGUGCAAAGAAGGGCAAACCCGUCAACGACUUUGUUGAAGGCGAAGAUGCCGAUAGUGCUGCUCCUACACCCCCUGCCGAAGAUUUCGCCGCAAAGGCUCCCGCCGAAGCCACGCUCGAUGAUGAGGAUGAUGUUUUCGCUGGGAAUGCAAAGAAGAACAAAGGUAACAAGAAACAAGCCGAUGACGCAGAUGAUGGCGAGGGAGGUGGCGUCAAAUCAAAGAAGGAAAAGGAACGAGAGAAGAAAGAGCGAGAGAAGCAGCGAAAGAAGGAACAAGCCGCCAAAAAGAAGACUACAGCACCAACACCUGCGCCUAAGGCUGAGGAAGUGAAACCUGUGGAGGAAAAGAAAAUUGAAGCUGCAACAGAGGCAGACAAGGGCGGCAAAAAGAGAAAGGUUCCCGCACAUCUUGCUGCCAUCCAGAAGCAGCAAGAAGCUCUUGCAAGACAAAGAGAAGAGGAAGCCAGAAUAGAGGCUGAAGAGAAAGCUGUGGAAGCGGAACGACUACGAAAAGAAGCUGAAGAGGAGUCGAAGAAAGCUGAAGCCAGACAGCGAAAGAAGGAAAAGGAGAAGGAGAAGAAAGAGCAACUUAGAAAGGAAGGCAAGUUACUAUCUGAGGCAGACAGGAAACGUAAGCAGCAGCAAGAACUUCGCUUGCAACAGAUGCUAGAAGCAGGCGUCAAGGUUGCAGGUCUGACUGAGACAACGGAAGAGAAGAAGAAGCCUGCCUUUGACAAGAAGCGCAAAGGCCCAAAGAAAGAAGAAAUUGACUUGGAGGCCGCUGCAGAAAAAGCUAGACAAGAAGCUGAAGCUGCUGCAGCUGAACGUCAGAGACUUGCCAAAGAGGCCGAAGCGGCUGCUGCUGCCGCCGCAGCUGCUAAGGCUGGAAAUGAUGAAGAUUCUGAGGUUGACGACUGGGAGAAGGCUGCAGAUGAAGAUGUCAAGGACAGUUGGGAUGCCGAUUCAGAUGAGGAAGCAGGUGAGUCGGCAGUCAAUGGAGAUGCCAAAGCUGCAACCAACGGUACCGCAACCAAACCAUCGAGAACCUCAGCCUUGCCACUUCGAGAUGGACCACCGCCUAAAGAGAGGCCAAUUGAGUCCGACACAUCCGAUGAGGACUCUUCGGAUGACGAAGAGCAAACCUCUAAUCAACGAGCAAUCGCCCAAAGAAAAGCAGAGGCUGCUGCUCGAAGACAAAAGGCACACGAAGAAGCCCUUGCAGCUCGGUCCAAAGAUAACCUGCGAUCACCUAUCUGCUGUAUUCUUGGCCACGUCGAUACUGGUAAGACGAAGUUGCUUGACAAGAUUCGACAAACAAACGUCCAAGAGGGUGAAGCUGGUGGUAUUACGCAACAAAUUGGUGCAACCUAUUUCCCUGUUGAGGCCUUACAACAGAAAACAGCUGUCGUCAACAAGGAUGGCAAGUUCGAAUUCAAGGUACCUGGUCUUCUCGUCAUCGAUACCCCCGGCCACGAGUCCUUUUCUAAUCUACGUUCUCGCGGUUCUUCGCUAUGUAAUAUUGCCAUCUUGGUGGUCGAUAUCAUGCACGGUCUCGAACCACAGACUAUUGAGUCCAUGAACCUUCUUAGAGAGCGAAAGAUUCCCUUUAUCGUGGCGCUCAACAAGAUCGACCGAUUGUACGGCUGGAGGAAGAUCGAUAACAACGGUUUCCAGGAAAGCUUGGCCAUGCAGAACAAGGGCGUCGUCAACGAGUUCAAGGAUCGACUCGACAAAACCAAGCUUGCCUUUGCGGAGCAAGGAUUUAAUGCCGAGCUUUACUACGAGAACAAUGAUAUGAGAAGAUUUGUCUCGCUAGUCCCAACCUCGGCGCAUACUGGCGAAGGUAUCCCUGAUAUGCUGAAGCUUUUGGUCACUCUGACCCAAGAACGUAUGACCUCUAGUCUUAUGUAUCUGUCUGAAGUUGAAGCCACCAUUCUUGAAGUCAAAGUCAUUGAAGGUCUUGGUACGACGAUCGAUGUCAUCUUAUCGAAUGGUGUCCUACGUGAAGGUGAUCGAAUAGUCUUGUGUGGUAUCAACGGGCCAAUCGCCACGAAUAUUCGAGCGCUGUUAACGCCUGCACCGCUUAAGGAACUUCGUCUCAAGUCGGCGUACGUGCACAACAAGGAGGUCAAGGCAGCCCUCGGUGUCAAGAUUGCGGCCAAUGACCUGGAAGGUGCGAUUGCUGGUUCCCGACUACUUGUGGUUGGGCCUCAAGAUGACGAAGAAGAUCUGGAAGAUGAUGUGAUGGGUGAUCUUCAGAAACUACUUACCGCUGUGUCUAAGGAUAACCGCGGUGUCAGCGUACAGGCUUCAACACUGGGUUCCCUGGAAGCCUUGUUGAAAUUCUUAAAAGACAUGAAGAUCCCCGUGGCAAACAUUUCAAUCGGACCUGUUUUCAAACGCGACGUGAUGAUGGCGGGUACUAUGCUGGAAAAGGCCAAGGAGUUUGCGGUCAUGCUCUGCUUCGAUGUCAAAGUAGACAAGGAAGCACAAUCGUACGCAGACGAGAACGGCAUCAAGAUUUUCACCGCCGACAUCAUUUAUCACCUUUUCGACGACUUCACUAAGUAUCGGAAUCAACUUGCCGAACAACGCAAAGAGGAGAGUAAGCUCAACGCUGUCUUCCCAUGCGUCCUCCAUCCAUUGCAGGUUUUCAACAAGAAAGACCCUAUCGUCGUCGGUGUCGAUGUUGUGGACGGAAAUCUUCGACCUCUGACGCCAAUUGCUGCUGUCAGAACAAAUCCUGUGACGCACGUGAAGGAAAUCGUUUCCUUGGGUAGAGUAACUACAAUUGAGCGAGAACACAAAGCCAUCCCAAUCUGCAAAAAGGGCCAGCCGGCCGUUGCGGUGAAGAUUGAAGGACCCAACCAGCCCUUGUAUGGUCGACAACUCGACGAGAAGGAUACAUUGUAUUCGUUGAUCUCUCGAAAUUCGAUCGACACCUUGAAGGAGUUCUAUCGAGAUGAAGUGACCAAGGAAGAAUGGUCAUUGAUCAGGAAGAUGAAGCCGCUGUUUGACAUUCCUUAGAUAUAUGUCCUAGGGGAUAAAAGUACUUAUUGAACAAUAGUGAUGACGAUAGGAGGAAAAAGAACAUUUGUAUUAUUGGAGGGGCAUGGCAAAUGGCGUACUGUAGGAUGAUGAUUGAUAAAUUGAUGAUGAUGGCCAGAUUGGGAGAAUCUUCUCUCUACUGUUUCUGGGUGUAUGAUCUCACCGGAGCAUCCUUUUUGU